AGCCUAGAGGGUCUGAUAUUUCUUUCUUGUACCGUGUUGUGGUCCAAACGCUUUGGCGAGCUGGGGGGAAAUUCGGGGAAGGGAAGCCGCGGUGCAACGCAUCGCACGGACCUACGGCGAACCGCCAACAUGCUCACACGGGUAAAAUCUGCGGUAGCCAAUUUCAUGGGAGGCAUCAUGGCUGGGACCUCCAACGGUGACCACCUCGGUGGCACAGACCUGCCGCUCAAAUUCCCUUACAUGAGACCCGAGUUCCUUGGACUGUCGCCGGACGAAAUAGAGUGCUCCGCGGACCAUAUCGCCCGUCCCAUUCUCAUUUUGAAAGAGACGAAACGAUUGCCUUGGGCUACGGGUUAUGCAGAGGUGAUUAACGCGGGGAAGAGUUCUCUAAAUGAGGACCAGGCGUGCUGUGAGAUCGUGGCGGUGCAGAAACGCUCCAACACAGGAUGCAACACUCCCAGCAGAACGCCCACCGCCAAGAGGAGAUCCUCACUGCCCAACGGAGAGGGCCACAGUCUCAGGGAACAAGCUGAGCCCGAGGGCCUGCUGUUCCACUACUGGGGGCUGUUUGACGGCCACGCGGGCUCGGGGGCGGCGGUGGUGGCCUCCAGGCUCCUGCAGCACCACAUCGUGGAGCAGCUCCAAGACGUCCUGGAGGUGCUGCUCAACUUCGCCUCGCUGCCCCCCACCUGCCUGGGCGAGGAGCCCCUCAACAACCACUCCACACCGGGGGGUGGCCACCGGGGGACCGUGACGCGGGCCGCCUCUCUCCGGACAGGCUCAGGGGCACCGGGGUCCCCCUGCACCCCUCCCCCACCGCGCUUCUUUACAGAGAAGAAGAUACAGCACGAGAGCCUGGUCAUCGGGGCUCUGGAGAAUGCCUUCAAAGAGAUGGAUAUCCAAAUUGAGCAGGAGAAGCAGGUGUAUCACAUAACGGGAGGAUGCACUGCCCUGGCCGUUCUCUACCUGCUAGGGAAGCUGUACGUGGCUAACGCAGGGGACAGCAGAGCCAUCAUUAUAAAAAAUGGAGAGGUGAUCCCCAUGUCCACAGAAUUCACUCCAGAGUCAGAAAGGCAACGGCUGCAGUUCCUGGGCUUCAUGCAGCCUCACUUGCUGGGAGGGGAGUUCACACACCUGGAGUUCCCUCGCCGCGUGCAGAGGAAGGAGGUGGGGAAGAGGAUGCUGUACCGAGACUUCACCAUGAACGGCUGGGCGUAUAAAACGAUUGAGGACGAGGACCUGAGAUUUCCUUUAGUAUAUGGAGAAGGCAAAAAGGCUCGGGUGAUGGCUACAAUUGGGGUGACAAGAGGCCUUGGAGACCAUGACCUUAAAGUGCACGAUUCAAACAUCUACAUCAAACCCUUCCUUUCCUGCUGCCCAGAGGUAAAAGUGUACAACCUGACCCAGUUUGAGCAUGGGGCGGACGACGUGCUGGUGAUGGGAACAGAUGGCCUUUGGGAUGUCCUGUCAAAUGAGGAAGUAGCUGAUGCAGUCACGUCAUUCCUGGCCAACUGCGAUCCUGAUGAUUUACACAGGUACACCAUGGCGGCCCAGGACCUUGUGAUGCGAGCGCGGGGCGUGCUGAGGGACCGAGGCUGGAGGAUCACCAACGAGAGACUGGGCUCCGGAGACGACAUCUCAGUCUACAUCAUCCCCCUGAUGUACGGCAACCGGCAAAUCUAAAGAAAGCCAACCCCAAGAGAGAAAGAGAGGUUGCACCAUUAUACCUCCAUGGGGGCAGUUCCAAGGAGCUGGUUUAGUGACUUAAAUCCCAAACACAUCCAUUCAGAGUGAGUCCUCAUCAUUCUAAGGAAGGACAACCUCAGCAAGCGAGUGGGUUCACAUUAUACUACAUUACCUCCAUGGGGUAGUUCCAAGGAGCAGAAUGACUUAAUAACCCAAAUAAGUUCAUUCAGGGUGAGUCAUUAGAAUCCUAAAUAGCCUUACCGCUUUAUUCUGCUAGCAAAAAACAGGGCUUUGUCCUUGUAGGAGGUUUCCCCACUUGCUCUGCAUGGCUGUCUCUUGGUAAGUGACUAAAUCAGCUUGUUUUGGAGGCUCCACUUCUCUUUCUCUUUACCUCUGUCUCCCUUCCUUCAUCUGAUGUCAGCUGAGGCUCCUUGCCCACCGCUCUCCCGUCAUGUGCUUCCCUUCUGGAGUCUCUUAUUAAGUAAUGAACUGUUUGUCAGAGACAGACACCUUUUGGAUAUUUUUUUUGUAAUCUAGGAUUGGUCAAUGGCAAACAUGUUGGAUAUUCCUAAUCUAUGUGUGUCAUGUGCCCCCCCACGAUUGCUGACUGAUCAUAGAUUAUUUUUUGUUUGUUUUCCUCUGACACAAAAUGGCCUUGUCAAGGUUUAUGUAAUGGCCCUCAAAUGGGUUGCAUUCCAAUAUGCGACCUUGCGUCCUCCACUUGUGCUUGUGGCCUCGGCCCGCCACCUGGCCCCUCCUUCGUGGAGAAAACUAAGUUUCCCAGCUGUCAGCCUAGCCACAACAACUUUUGGGGAACUGUUUUUCAUUCACCAUCCCAAUUGCAAAUGAGAAAAUGACUUUACAAUUGAGCUUUUGCGAGAUAUUGAAAUAUACAUAUUACUUCCUGGUAUGAGGCCACAAGCACAAGUGUAGGAUGCAAGGUCGCAUAUUGGAACGCACUCAUGGACUUCUCCCAGCUUCCCGAAGUGUAAGCUGUGUAGUAUUAGCGCUCAGUAGGUAAUUUUCUGUUGUCGAGAGUUUUAUUAUUAUGAGUUUUUAUUAUUACGUGUCGCAAAAAGCAUUAUGGGGGAUGAACGACCGGAUGGGUGUGAGGAAUGUGAGCAAAGUGCAAUGACUUAAAUAAUGCUAUAAUCUCAAUGUAUGCAGAUAAUAUUUAUUUUUAUGUUACUUCUAUAGUAUGUAUUUGGUGCGAAAAGGUACCCCCUUUGCACAAUUUGUAUGUCUUAUAAAUCUCAAAACUGUACAUAUAUAAUGUGGGCCAAGUAUUCCGCCACCUUCCUCUCUCAAGUGUGCAUACUCUCUAUUCUGUACAUGAAGGAUAUAGAUACCCAUGUAAAUACACUACCAGUCAUUAGGAGUAAAGCACCUCUUCACUACAGUGAGGAACAGGGGAUCGUCUCAUAGUGCAGCAAGAAAGCUUUGCACAGAAACAACCUGCGGUUUGCGCAGACCAGAACAUAACCUCAUUUCAUUAGCGAAAUUCAACUUGGCUGCUAGGCUUUACAUAAGAAGUAGGGCCAGAUUUGUGGGUUGACGGCGGUCAAUUCGGAAAAGCAUCUGGCAUAAUCUCAUCAAAACUGCGGUCGUAAAAACCCUGGGAAGAAAAAUUAAAGCUUUACACUUGUAGUAAAAUUCAGAAAGAGGAAACGUCCCUGGGAGGUAAAAAGUAGUUUUGGUUUCACUGAAAGCUGAAUAGUAGUAGUCUAGGCUAUCUCCUUCCUUCCUUGUAGCUAAUCGUAUUUCAGUGCAUUGCCCCAACAUACUGUAGCUCAGGACAUUCCAUCAUGAUAGACAUGUAGUCAGUGUUGUGGUACAGUACAUAUCUGCAUUCCACUGUCACCUGUAUGUGCCAAUUCCCGCAUGCUUCUGAAUGCAUUUUUUUUUUUCAGGUAAAAUGUUCUUACUCAAAAGCAAGUGUCGGUCAGCGACAGCGCUUUUGGCAGUAGUCUGUUUUAUAGACAGUUUUAAACUGUAUUUAUAAGUCAAAUAUAGUACAGUAAGAUGUUUUUGAUGUGAAAAUAGCUUUUUUUUAGAGAAAUGUAAAAGAUAUGACCACUUGCUUUUACCUUUUACUGAAUAAUUCCUUUUAUUUAAGCAAUCAAAUUUUAUUUAAAAUGUAGUAUUACAUGUUUUUUUGUUGUUGUUGAGAGCCAUAUUGUCAACUGUAAUAUUGAUGUAUUUUUCUAUUUAAAUGAUGUGUAAUUUUGUAUAUAUCAAGUUAUAUAUAUGAUUAUUACAUAUAUAUAACUUUAUAUGGGUGGAUGUGUGCGUGUUUAACCCAUAGCUGCAGGCCGCCAGCUCUAUGGGCAUCCUGACGUCUUUUUUGUUGUUUUUAUGUUGUCUUUGCACACCAUCAUACAGUAGCUUAGGGAGACUUUGUUUUCUGAAGAUGGUGCCACUUGAAACCAAUUGUGCUUGGGCAUGCGACAAGCUGUGGAUGGAUGGUGUGCCAGUUUCUGUAAAUGAAAGUUUUCAAACUCAGGUUUUUGGACUUGAACAUACAGUAAGUUUUGAAUGUGGUAGUAUGGUGUGGUUUAAAGGACACACAAACUCUAUGGAUACAUUUUGGGUUGCGUAGCACUUUGGCACUUGGCAUCAAUAUCUCAAGUUUUCCCUUGCAGUUUUCAUAAUACAUGCAAAUAUUGUUGUGUGUUUUUUUGUCAGUGCAACCAAACGCUGGUGCCUGUAAGGUUGUGAGAAACUAUGAACUAUUUGCAACAGCCUUAGACCAGAGGCUCCUACACUUUUUAUGUUUUCAUCUGAAGUUGCGAUGGCCAACCUGAUGUCGGAAGCUACAAUGCAGUACCAUGAUCAAAAGAGCUUAGUUGGAGGCAUUUGGAGCUUGAAGACAUGCAGUCUGCUCCAAUUAAAUGUCAGACUUCCUCACUAUAAUGCAGUAGUUUACCUCAUAAUAGGUCAACCAUUCCGUUGGUGACAUAGCACCAGUAUGAAGACAGUGUUAGCUGCUAUGAAGUAUAUUGAGCUGAUGAAUUCAUAUUCUUGAAAUCUUCAGAAUUGUUGAAGAAUGCAGAAUUGCUGAAGAAUGUCUUUUUAUCUUGCACUAUAAAGAUUUUCUUAUGCCCUUCAGGCAUGCCCAUUGUGCAGUCUUCAUCAGGCAGACAGGUAGAACAGCUUGAUUUGAAAUACAUACUGUAUAUAUAUAUAUGGUACUGGCUUGUAACUUCAGAGUCCAGGUUGCUCAUCGAUGAGGAAAAUACCCAUAUAGAAUACACAUUAGAUGCCAAGGAAACUCGAGAAAAAAAAGCAUUUCCGCUGCAUUUGUAAAAAUCUGAUCUCAAAAGUUCCUUCAACCAACUUGA